CGCUGUUCUUCUUAGCCACAUAAGGGCGUGAGGUGAUGGAGUUUGCCGUGUACAUCGUACCCAAUCCGAUCGUCAUUCGGCUGGCGCGGGAGCAAGAAUCACUCGAUAACAUCAAACAUUACUACGUCAAGUGCCGCAACCAGGACGAGAAAUUGUGUGAUUACCGUCGGACAAGCGAUCAUUUUCUGUCAUAUGAUGUACGCAAAACGGCCGGUUGGUUGACCGGCAGGAUGUCCCAGGAUGGUCACUCGGUAGCGGUACUGUCCGGUGAUCUAACGGUGGAACAACAGUUAGACGCUCUGGAUCGAUUCCGAAAUGGACUAGAGAAGGUACAGAUUAUAACGAACGUUUUGUCCAGGGGUAUCGACGUCGAACAGGUGACCAUUGUCGUCAACUUCGACCUGCCGAUGGAUCAGCAGGGACGAGCCGAUUGCGAAACGUAUCUACAUCGAAUUAGACGUACCGGUAGAUUCGGUAAGUGUGACUCAUUCUUGGUAUCCUAUAGAUUGUAUUUCUUUCCGCUUCUUUAAUAGAAUGGAAUCACCAUCAAC